GAAAGAAGAGAAUUUCCUGUCUCCCCUGUCUCUCCAAAGAUGGCGGACACGUGUGGACAAGUAUUGCUGGGAUCAGGACUUACCGUCCUUUCCCACCCGCUGAUGUACAUCAAAGUCCUGAUCCAAGUAGGGCACGAGCCGCUCCCUCCCAGCCUGGGCCGGAACCUGUUUGGCAGACAGGUACAUCAGCUGCCUGGGUUGUUUGCCUAUGCAAAACACAUCAUUAAGAUUGAUGGAAAAGCAGGUCUCUUCAAAGGGCUCGUUCCAAGACUCUGCGCCAGUUCUAUUGGCACAGUCGUGCACGGCAAAGUUGUGCAGAAAUAUCAGGAACAAGGUACAUCGCAGGUACUGGGUGGCCAGCAGAAGGCUGCAGAGGGCUCUCUGCAGCACGUUGUCAAUGAGACAACCAAAGAGAUGCUUGCUCGCUCCUGCGCCACCAUCGUCACACAUCCGUUUCAUGUGAUUACUUUGCGAUGUAUGGUCCAGUUUAUUGGAAGGGAAACAAAAUACAGCGGUGUGUUUGACUCCAUCGUCACCGUCUACAGAGAAGAAGGCGUCCUGGGCUUCUUUGCGGGUUUAAUUCCUCGCCUGUUGGGUGACAUCUUGUCUUUGUGGAUUUGUAACCUGCUGGCUCACGUCAUCAAUACCUACGCCAUUGAUGACUCAAUGAGUCACACGGGAGAAAUCAAGAACUGCUCUCAAGCUGUGACGGGGUUCUUCGCCAGUAUGCUCACAUAUCCUUUUGUUUUGGUGUCCAACCUCAUGGCCGUCAAUAACUGCGGGCUCGCUGGAGGUCUGCCUCCCUAUGCAUCCGUAUAUCCAACGUGGGUGGACUGCUGGAGGCAUCUAAGCACAGAGGGCAACAUGAGCAGGGGCAACAGCUUAUUUUUCCGGAAGCUUCCAACAGGAAAGAUGUACGCAAUCGACCAGAAGAGAUUUUUUUAAAAGCUGGAGAAUGGAGAUGAACAUAGUUGUGAUAAUAAAAACUCGGCAUGGCUUGAUCCGGGUCGGAACAGCUGGCACUAAUCUAUUUUGUAUGCACUUGUUUACAAUGACUUUUUUUUUUUUUAAACAGCCUGCAUCGUCUGAAAUGCUAAUGUUUCCAGUUAAUUCAGCAGCUGUUUAAAUGAAGAGAAACCUAAACAUUGAAUAAUGUAGUUUAUUAUUUUUAAAGCCCCACGUGUUGACCAACCUGAGGGAAGUGGACCAUGGUGUACCCGCCCCGUUUUUAUAGAUGAUUCAACCAUAACGACGUCAACAUGACAUGAUACGGCGUCUCUGUCUGCAUGUGGGAACGUCUAUUAAUUCACGUGUGAGUGGUCCGGUGGGACUUGUCAUGUGUCCUGUAAUUUUCUGCAAAGCUGGGUGGGUUUGUAAUUUAAUUGAAAAGACGUGUUGGUUGGAGGGAUGUUUGGAUGCACAGAAACGUGGAGCUGACUGAAAACCGGCACUCUGAACAGUGCGCUUGUAUUAACUCUGAACCAAAUAAAACCAGAUUUUUUGACCUUG